GCGGGCGCUGUGGUCUGGGGCGGUUGUGCGAUGCUCGCUCCCAUGAUGUUCCCCGGUACAGAGGAUGAGCUGGAUAUGCGAGUGCCGCCGAUACAACUAGAACAUCUACCUGAAGUGUUCCUAUUAUCCCGAAAUGUGGUGGAUGUCACGAGAUGAUCGUAGACCGCUACGUCCUCAAAGUAUCAGAUCGCACUUGGCACGCGGGUUGUCUUCGCUGUGUGGAGUGUCGUGCAAUGCUCUCCGGGAAGUGCUUCGCAAGAAAUAAUCAGCUCUACUGCACUGAGGAUUUCUUCAAUCCUAGGCGGUUCGGUACAAAAUGUGCAGGGUGCGGGCAAGGAAUCCCGCCGACGCAAGUAGUUAGACGGGCGCAGUCCCAUGUUUACCACCUGCGCUGCUUUGCGUGUGCGGCUUGCGCCAGAACUUUGAACACAGGCGACGAAUUCUACUUAAUGGAGGACGGGAAGCUUGUGUGUAAACCUGAUUAUGAAGCGGCUAGAGCUAAAGGAGAUGGUUCCAUUGAUGGGGAUGCAGCGAGCAAAAGACCACGGACGACGAUUACAGCGAAACAAUUGGAAACCCUGAAAAGUGCUUAUAGCAGUAGUCCGAAACCUGCGAGGCACGUCCGGGAACAGCUGGCGCAGGACACCGGCCUGGAUAUGCGAGUAGUACAAGUCUGGUUUCAAAAUAGAUAUUAUUACAGAAGAGCAAAAGAGAAAAGACUGAAAAAAGACGCAGGGCGGACGCGGUGGUCACAAUAUUUCAGAUCCAUGAAAGGCUCGGGCGGAGGUUCACCCAGACACGACCGCUUACUCGACAAAGAUGAGCUUAAAAUCGACUUGGAUUCGUUUAGUCAUCAUGAGCUCAGCAACGACAGCUACAGUACGGCUGCAAUGGGUGGCGAAGAGGGUUCUCCCGCGGGGGUAGGGGGCUCCCGCUUCGGGGCCACUCCGCCGUACUUGCGCGCGCACUCGCCCCCCCACGCACAUUACCACUACCCGCCCGACCACCUAGUCUACACCAAUAUCGGUCAAGCCAUAAGCGGCGGUCUUGCUACCGGCGGUGCAUCAGACAUGAGCAGCUCGUCAUCCCCCGCUGCAGGUGGCUACCCCGACUUCCCCCCAUCACCAGACUCGUGGCUCGGUGAGCAUUAUUCACCUCGAGGAUAUCCCUAGCGGCGGCCACCGCCAGCGCACGGGCACUUAGCGCCCCAAACGCUGCCCGCGCCCUGCCCGCCGCAUAUUGCAUUGCAACCGCUCGAACUUGUUGUUAAACGUGAAAUGUGACUUAAAAACAAUUUCAAUAGCGGGUAAUACAGUUUUCAUUGAGUAGACGUUACGUACAGGUAUGGUUUAAAUUCUUUGCCACUACAAAAUUGUUAUGAAUUGUUAUUACUUAUUGAAUAGCGAGGUGAACAGCUCGAGUCCUUGGCCACUUAUUUAGCUGCACGUUUAUCUUUUAUGUGAGUGUGUGUUCGCGCUGUGACCAAUAACCGUUCGUUUUCUAACCGUUCUGAAGAGUUAUUAUAACACGAUUCAUCGAGUUAACUAUCGCGUUUAAAGUAAAUCUCAGAACAUUCUGUAGGUAUUGAAAAUUUCUUACGUUGAGUGUAGUUUCUAAUUUGAAUGGGACCCAAACUGAUAGCUCACGCUUAAAUGCUAAUGCUAAAAAUUUAGAGUCAUAAUUAUUGAUAUACGGGUUUGCUUAUAUGUAUAAUGAAACCUGUACUACCCAGAGUAAUAUAUAUAUAGUAUACAUAAGCGUUAUCACAUCCAGUACCGAUAAUCUGAUUUAUAAAAAUAUGAAGUAAAUUAAAAACUGAAUUGAUGAGAUCCAGGUUUUUGAAGUCCGUUAGAAUAAAAUAUCGUUACAGACUUCAAGGCAAUAAAUUAUAUAAUGAUAAUAAAUCUAACAAUACUUUUUCGUGCAAUGUUUUUACUAGGAUUGGUUUUUACUUAGACAAAUUGUUUUAAAAGUAAUUUAAAAGCGCAGCGUUGUAAACAUUUCGUAAUUUGUGUAAAUAUUAGAAUAUGUUUAAUAAAGUAACUAAUUUAUAUUGAAUUGUAAAUAAUUAAAUGUAUCUAAUAUGAUUUACGCAUGUACCUAUUAAGAAAUUCUGAUUAAAGUCUAAGGAGCCCUGUUUUAAUUCAAUGUAAUUAACGUAAUUACAUAAUCAAGUGUUUUAUUGUAAUGUAAAUGUUUUACGAUCACAUAUUUAACAGAAUACUGUAUAUACAAUGAAUGUAAUUAAAAAUCUAUCAAAUAGCUCAUUAAUUAAGUCCAUAGUAAUACUUUGUGCAAAGAAUCUAGUCGAGAGAUAUCAUAUAUUAUGUUAUAUGUAAAUAAAUAAUAAACCAUA